AAUAUGAUACGAUCUUACAAAAAUAAAUAUGUUGUCACAUAAAACCACUGAAGAUGUGAUUCUAUGUCUUCAAAUACCAACAACUUACCUAUUAAAAGAAACCCAUAAAACAACAAUUUGGCUAGUGUUUUCGAAUGCUUCACGGCUCUUCUGCUGGGUGAGUGCAUGUGGACAUGCAAUGAGAGAGUACGAGAACGUGGGAAUAAUUGAAUGAGGUUCAGAAUUCUGCAGUCUUUCAGAGGUCACAUGUGAGGUUGUUGCAUGAAGGAAGUCUGCCUCUGGUCCCUUAUUUAUAGAGGCAGUUCUUCGACUUGGAAAUGCCAAUAAAUAUAAAUACACUAGCUACCAGCCUACCACCAAUCCUCACUCUCUAUUCUCUUGUCAUUGUUUCAGUAAUAUUCAUAUUUUCAAGAGAUGGGGAAAUUUCUUUUGACAUUUGCAAUCUUGCUUCAGUUCUGCUCUUAUUUGGCUAUCAAUGUUAAUGCGUUUGCUCCAUCUGGGUGGAGGAAAGGUCAUGCUACAUUUUAUGGAGGCAGUGACGCCUCAGGAACUAUGGGAGGGGCUUGUGGAUAUGGAAACUUGUAUUCUACUGGUUAUGGGACCAGGACCGCUGCUUUAAGCACUGCUUUAUUCAAUGAUGGAGCUUCAUGUGGGGAAUGUUACAGAAUAAUGUGUGAUUUUCAAACAGACCCCAGAUGGUGCAUUAAAGGCAAGUCUGUGACCAUUACUGCAACAAAUUUCUGCCCCCCUAAUUAUGCUCUUCCAAACAACAAUGGAGGCUGGUGCAACCCUCCUCUCCAGCACUUUGAUAUGGCUCAGCCUGCUUGGGAAAAGAUUGGUAUUUAUAGAGGAGGAAUCGUGCCUGUUUUGUUUCAAAGGGUUCCUUGCAAGAAGCAUGGAGGAGUCAGAUUCACCAUUAAUGGAAGAAACUACUUCGAGCUUGUCUUGAUUAGCAAUGUGGCUGGAGCUGGAUCCAUUCAAUCUGUGUCCAUUAAAGGCUCAAAAACAGGCUGGAUGGCAAUGUCAAGAAAUUGGGGAGCUAACUGGCAAUCUAAUGCUUAUCUCAAUGGCCAGUCUUUGUCCUUUAAAAUCACAAAUACUGAUGGACAGACCCGAUUCUUCACGGACAUUGCUCCAGCAAAUUGGGGAUUUGGCCAGACUUUCUCUAGUUCAGUACAGUUCUAAAUUAAUUAUCAGCAGCCUUAGAGUUCAGGGUCUCAAUUGGCCGAGGCGUGCUUAUAAUUUUACUAGAGCAGCCCGCCACAAUUAUUUUUCUGAUGAUGGCUGGGACAAUAAGGUUCUGGCUCUGGAUUAUGAUUUGAAGAGGGAGGGUGAAGAAAAGGAACCCAUGGACUCAAGGCUAGCUGCUACUGAGCUGUUGUGCUUUAGUGAUCACGGAUUUGCAGAGGAGUUGUAUUUUUGUAUUUAGUAUAUAGUUAUUGCAACUUAAUAUGAAGCGCAAUCAAUUUGCAGCUUAAUAAUAUAAAUAAUAUUUUUGUUUUGGUUAA